GAGACAGAAGUCAUGUCCAAAGUGUGGACAGCUCUCACAAGUCAGCAGUCCUCCCCCAGCAAUGGAUGACUGAAGAGGAAGAUCUCUGCAUCCAGCAAAGGAACUUCAGCAUGGAACAGGAAGAACAACAACCUUCACAUUAUAAAGAGGAGCAGGAGGAACAAGAACUAUCACGGAUUAAAGAGGAGCCAGAUGCGCUCUUCAUCAGUCAGGAUGAAUAUCAGAUUGAUCUGAAGCGGGAGACUGAUACAUUGAUGGAGAUAUUUACUUAUGAGGAAGAUGAGAAAAGUAAAGCAGAUCUAAACAAUCAGCAGAGUUUUAAUGUAACUGAUAGUCAGGAUGAAGAAGGAAACCAACAUGAAGAAUCAACAUCAACUACAGAUGAAGACACAGACCCACAGAACAAAGAUCAGAGGAAGAGAAGAGACAGAAGUCAUGUCCAAAGUGUGGACAGCUCUCACAUGUCAGCAGGUCAGUGUGACUCUGAUGUUAGAAAAAAUCCAAAGAAGACAAAUCUGGGUAAGAAAUGUAAACAAUCUCCAAAAGAAGAGAGACUUUCUUCUAUCAAGUCUGGUAAAAACUCAAGAAUAAUUACCAUUCCGUCUGACUACACUGGAACUGGGUCUGAUGAAAGAUGUUAUAUCUGUAAAGAAUGUGGUAAAAGCUUUUGUAACAUAUCUCUGUUCAGAAUUCACUCGAGAAUCCAUGCACAAAAUAAGCGAUUUUCUUGUAAAGAAUGUGAAAAAAGUUUUAGUCACAGAUCUCAUCUCAACACACACAUGAGAACACACACUGGAGAGAGGCCUUUUUCUUGUAAAGAAUGUAAAAAAAGUUUUAAUCAAAUAUCUAAUCUCAACACACACAUGAUAAUUCACACAGGAGAGAGGCCUUUUUCUUGUAUAGAAUGUAAUAAAAGCUUUAGUCGUAUAUCUAGUCUUAAAAGACACAUGAUAACUCACACAGGAGAAAAGCCUUUUUCUUGUAAAGAAUGUAAAAAAAGUUUUAGGCAUGUAUGUAAUCUCAAAAAACACAUGAGAACUUGUAAGACUUUUUCUUGACAAUAUAAGGAUUAAGUGUAAACUCUAAAUUCUAUUUUUUUCUGAUAAGCGGCCGACCUCUUAACCUUUGUACCACAGCAGAAGACUUUAUUUUACAAGUGGAAAAAGUUCUGUAUCUCAGAAAAAUCAAAUAUUUUAAAAUACGUUUUUAAUGCUCAAGACUUAUGGGCUGAAACCCCAAUGUUCUAAUAAACUCUGUAGCAACCUGAGCUUUCAUUUCAUGUACACAGAGCCACAGGCUGAUGGCCUCCAUACAAUAUUGAUGAAGUUACUUCAUUAGAGGGAGGCAAAAGUGAGUAUUGAAUGCUUAAAAAUGAAAUUUUCCAAAAAAAUAAAUAAAAUCUCUGGCUGUUUAGAUAUAUGAUUCACUACAGGAGGUCCUUUGUCCCAACAGCAGUUAACUAUAGAAUGACACAGUUUCAGGACUGCUGAAACUGUUGCUGUAUUUACUUAUUUAUUCAUGAAGUGUGCUUUUACUUCCACUUUUAUUACUAUUUUAUUUUUUACUGACUAUUUUGUUUUUCUAACUGCUAUUUUUCUUGUUUGGCUGCUGUAACAACUGAAUUUCCCUCCGGGGAUCAAUAAAGUCUUGUCUUGUCUUAUCCCGA